AUGGGGCAGUGUGUUGCGCCAUGCGAUACAUGCUAUGACGGCUUGGAUGCCAUGCUUUUUCGGCAUCUCCCAAAGGCACAGCAGGGAGCCAGCCCUUCAGCGCUGGCCCCCUGGACCAAACCCUGGACGGAGCCCUGGCUGCCGCCGGGAGCACAGCGGUCCGGCCAAACGCACUGGGCGAAGCUCAGAGCGUUUGUCCGCGCACGGAUGGCGUUUGGGAUCCUACUGCAGGAGCUGCGAACACGUGAGGUGGAGAGGCUCUAUGAGAACAACUGGAGCGAAGUAAAUACCCCGACAUGUCGCCAGCCCUCGCUGGGCUGGCGGAAAAUGCAAGCUUUGACCACAUCUUCAUCGUCUUUGCAAGAACUCUUAAAUGAUGUGAGAUGCAAACAAGCAGAAAAUCUUUAUGCAGCAGAUUGGAACGCUCUGAAGCCUGGUCAGUCCCUGAUGUCAGCUGCUGCUGCAGCUGGGUAG